AGGUGGGCACCCAGUGGGCAGGGUGGGCCGCAGGGGCCUUCUUGGAGGCAGUGGUGAGUUGGGAAGGGGCGGCUGGGCCCCGCAGGGGGCACGAUGGACAAGUUCCGGAUGAUCUUCCAGUUCCUGCAGUCCAACCAGGAGUCCUUCAUGAACGGCAUCUGUGGCAUCAUGGCCCUGGCCAGCGCCCAGAUGUACUCAGCCUUCGACUUCAACUGCCCCUGCCUGCCAGGCUACAACGCGGCUUACAGCAUGGGGAUCCUGCUGGCACCACCCCUGGUGCUCUUCUUGCUGGGCCUGGUCAUGAACAACAACGUGUCCAUGCUGGCGGAAGAGUGGAAGCGGCCACCGGGCCACCGGGCGAAGGAUCCCGCCGUGUUGCGCUACAUGUUCUGCUCCAUGGCCCAGCGUGCCCUCAUCGCACCCGUCGUCUGGGUGGCCGUCACACUACUCGACGGCAAAUGCUUCCUCUGUGCCUUCUGCACUGCCGUGCCUGUGACCGCACUGGGCAAUGGCAGCCUGGUGCCUGGCCUGCCUGCCCCUGAGCUCGCCCGCCUGCUGGCCCGGGUGCCCUGCCCUGAGAUCUACGAUGGUGACUGGCUGCUGGCCCGAGAGGUGGCUGUGCGCUACCUGCGCUGCAUCUCCCAGGCAUUGGGCUGGUCCUUCGUGCUGCUGACCACACUGCUGGCAUUCGUGGUGCGCUCCGUGCGGCCCUGCUUCACACAGGCCGCCUUCCUCAAGAGCAAGUACUGGUCCCAUUACAUUGACAUCGAGCGAAAGCUCUUCGAUGAGACAUGUACGGAGCAUGCCAAGGCCUUCGCCAAGGUCUGUAUCCAGCAGUUCUUCGAGGCCAUGAACCAUGACCUGGAGCUGGGUCACGCCCACGGGGCACUGGCCACAGCCCCUGCUUCCAAGGCUGCCCCCAUUCCCCCCGACGGUGGGGAGGAGGAAAGGGAGAAGCUGCGUGGCAUCACGGAUCAAGGCACCAUGAAUAGGCUGCUCACAAGCUGGCACAAAUGCAAACCGCCACUGCGGCUGGGCCGGGAGGAGACGCUGAUGGGCAACGGCUGGGCUGGGGGCGGGCCCCGGCCUCUGCGCAAGGAGGUGGCCACCUACUUCAGCAAAGUGUGA